UGCGCUUCCUCUCUAGCCGCCUGCGCUCUAUGCUCCGCGGCCGCGGGCCGCCAGCGGGCCAGCAGGGAGGGGUUCGCCGCGGGAGGCGGGGCGGGGAGGCUAGAGGUGUCUCCUCCACCCGAGCCAGGGGAGACCCGGGUGAGCUCGGUGACAGCUCGUCGGCCGCCAUGUCAGCGAGUGGGGCUGGAAACGGAGCCGGCGCCCAGCCGUAGCCCUCCUUGCGCCUCCGAUUCCCAGACAUGGAAGGACUUUAAGAAAAUUUAAAUGGUUCAACAAAAGAUGCUCUAAUGGAUGACAGUGCAACUCCUACAUACAAUCUGCAGAUAGAACCAAAAGAUGGCUGCCAUCCUGGAGACUGUGUGGAAAGUAUAGUAACCCGCUUGCCUUCUGCAUCUGAUGAAAAUGAAAAUCAGCUUGAUGGGGAUGGCUGUGAGCAUCUGACAAGCAGUGAGAGUGCAAUGGGCAAACCGGAAGUUUUGGAGCAGGACAGUCUCAACAAUAAUGAAAGCUGUACCGCAGGCUGUGAGGUGGCUACCAGUGAGAACUCGGAGAGCACUUCCUGGGAGGACCCCAGAGAUGAACAGGCUUUCUUGGGAAAGGACAAAAAAAUACCUGGAAAAAGAAGCUCAAGAAUCAAAAGAAGCACUGCUAGGAAGAUAAUACCACAAGGACUUUCUUCAGGAGAUGCCACUCAUUUAAUGCAAGAAAAUGCACUAAGUGCAGCCACACUUGCUCUUUCUGAAGAGUCUGCUGAAGUCAAUGCUAAUGAUCCGCCUGAAGCUCCAGAGCCAGCUCUGCAAACUCUGUUCUCACUUAUAAGAGGUGAAGUUGAGCAGUUGGAUUCAAGAGCACUUCCCCUUUGUCUUCAUCAGAUAGCAGAGUCCUAUUUCCAGGAGGAGGACUAUGAGAAAGCAAUGAAAUUCAUUCAACUUGAACGACUGUAUCAUGAGCAAUUGCUUGCAAACCUUUCUGCCAUUCAAGAACAAUGGGAAACAAAAUGGAAAACUGUACAACCACAUACAGUUACAUCUCUAAAGAAUUCAGAAAAAGGAUUUAAUGGUGAAGAUUUUGAACGGCUUACUAAAUUUUGCACAACACAUCAAGAUCCGCUUGUAUCUAAACAAAAGAUAGCAGCUGUGGAGAAGACCCUGGAAAAGAAAAGCAUUACACAGUUAAUUACGGUGUCUGAAGAGCCAAAGGGCCGGGGAGCUACAGCCAAAGAGCCAAAGAGUAGCAUUUGCCCUGGCAUGGAGCCAGGGAGAGAAGGCCAGCAUAAAGAGCCCCUGGAGAGCCUCCCCUGCUGUAAUCAGCUGGGCGGGCAGGCGGCUCCCCCGAGCCCUCCAGUAACUGCAGGGAAGGCCCACGAGGAGGAGCCGCUGGGCAGCACUGAGGACACCCUGGAGCUCCCCGCCCAGCCCUCAGCCGCGGCGCCUGGCCGGUCUGGGCCACACUGUGCCGAGGAUGCCUGUGAGGCCGCUGGCUCGCCGCUGGCUCAAACAGAUGGCUGCCCAGAGGCGGCCAGAAUAGAGGCCGACGCUGAAGCCCCCAAGUUGAUGCUUUCCCGCGAGUCAAUGAUAGAACCUCUGCUUCUACCAGGCUCUGACCAUAUACCUCCAGUGCUGAUUCCUGCAGGGCAGUAUUCACAGACUCAGAGAAAGGAACUUCACUUGGCGCUAGAAGAUGCUGCCGAGGCGGUGCCCACAAGCCAACCUGAGAACAAUGAGCUAAAUGAACCGAGGCAACCUGAUCUCACUGACAGGGAUGGAAAAUCACCCCCGGGGCUGCCUGACUCACCGGAGUCUGAGAGGGUACUUUGUGAAAAUGGGAACGCAUCUGACUUAAGUGCAGCACUUUCAGAGCUGUCUAUGGCCCCAGAGGGAAAGGAAGAUCAGGAUGACCUAGUCAAUAAAGAGGCCGAAGCCUAUUUGAACAGCCUUUUAGAGGGAUGCCUGAAGGAUGCAGAAGAGUCCUUUUCCUACGAAGAUAACCAAGAGGACGACUCUGACCUCCUUCAGGAUCUUUCUCCUGAAGAAGCAUCUUACAGUCUACAGGAAAAUCUGCCUCCCGAUGACAGCUGUCUUUCUCUCGAUGAUCUUGCGAAAAGGAUAGAGAUCGCAGAGGUUGUUCCUGCCGAAGGGCUGGUCUCUAUAUUGAAGAAGAGGAAUGACACUGUAGGCGAUCAUUCUGCCCAGAUGCAACAGAAACCAUCUAAGCGAAGAGUGAGAUUCCAGGAAAUAGAUGAUAACUUAGAUCAAGAUGAAGUUGGAGGCGGCUCCUGUAUUUUGCUAAUCUUGCUGUGUAUAGCAACGGUUUUCCUGAGUGUUGGAGGAACUGCAUUGUAUUGCUCUUUCGGGGACAUGGAAUCACCUGUUUGUACGGACUUUGCAGACAACAUGGACUUCUAUUACGCGAAAUUACUGCAGGGAAUGGCAGAACUCAAACACUGGAUCUACCUCUCCUAGCAGCAUUCAAAAGGGACAGACAUGCUAGCAAUGAGAAUCAAAGAGUGAAACUUCCUAAACCUUUUUUCUUUCAGGAGAUCUGUAAUGCGCGUCCCUUCCCUGCAUUGAGGAACCAUGGACAUCAGAAAUAGAAAGUUUAAAUGGAAAUCCAAAGGAACCCUUGGCACCCUGCAGUGUGAGGCAGAUGUAUAUCUGAGUAUUGUGGGUGGAAGGAGUGCUCUUUGGAGAGUAUGUCCAUAGCCUCCUCGCCGCUUCCUAGUGUAACAAGCUGCACUGAGCAGAAUUAGACAGAACAGUGUGGGGGCCACGCCAUCAUCCACCUGCACCUUGUCACACUAAUGGUUAAGGACACAUGGUUUACACUUGUUGGUCCAAAGGCAUUGCUUCCAGUUGUCACGCAAUAAGUGUGUGUAUAAGCAAAGACAUUUCCUUAUGAUUUCACUGUCUUUUUUUUUUCCCCGUUAAUAAUGGGAGCUCUGUAAUUCAGGCUUUGUAUAUUAUUUCCAAAUUACUCCAUUUGUGAAAUGAUUGUGUCUGGAUGUGUAUGUGUGCGUGCACACACAGUUGUGUGCAUUUCUGAUUGUUCUCAUGUGCAAAUUCCCAACAUAAAAAAAGAGAUGAUUUUUAUUCUUUUAACUCGAAGUAGAAGUGCAGGCACAAAUAUUUGAAGAAGGCUUAACUGUGGAUGAGAUGAGUCAUAGAAAUCCUAACCCUGAAAUGAGGAACUAUGGCAAUUAACCUGAUUUGUGAAAAAUUAAUUACAGAGUUAGAGGUAAAGUGAAUAAACUCCCUCUGAGUCUCCGGCAGCCAGUUUUAUCAUGGAUUCAAUGUUAUCUGAAAUCGUAUAAAUUCUGGACUCAAUUCAGCAAACACAUAUUAAGCACCUGUAAUGUUCUGAGAAUCUAAGAACCAGAAUACAAAAAUAACAAGAUACUAGUUCCCUCUGUGGAUGUUUUAAUUUGGGCUUAUGUAAAAUAAACUCAAACUUUUGGCAAUGAAAUUGAAUCUCCACAUGUAAUUCAGUAUUUACAUAUUAUGCAUUCAGAUGUUUGAACAUCAUUCAAAUCAUGAACUUACUUUAGGCCUA